AUGUCAAACCUGGCGGCGCCUCCCCUUGCGAUCACUAAAUUGGAUAUUUUGGAUGAGUUCGAGGAAAUCAAAGUAGCCGUCAGUUAUGAGUUGGACGGCAAGACAUAUACGGAGGCGCCGCCAGCAAAUGCCGCGGAUAUGGCGAGAGUUAAAGUGAAUUACGAGACUUUUAAGGGAUGGCAGACAUGUAUAGCCAAAGUCCGCAAAUUUGGUGAUUUGCCGAAGAAUGCUCAGGACUAUGUGCGAGCUGUCGAACGCUUAGUGAAUGUGCCGGUCAAAUGGGUUGGUGUGGGCCCUAAACGCGAGGCUAUUAUUACGCUAUGUAAAGUGAAGACAACUGAAGACAACAACUGA